AUGAAGCCAGGCGCCCUAUCAUCAGUCAUCCUGGGACUCGCUAUACUCAGCGCCAGUCUGACGAGUGCCUCCAGCUCGGAUCCUCUUCUGGAAAUCUCGGAGAAGCCUCGUCGUAAGAAGGAUCCCCGAGAAUGCGACUGUUUCACCGUGACUGGUCCAGAUCCGGGCUAUUUCCAGCACUACAAGCUCUGGGACUUUCGCUCCGUUCCAUUGGCCAGGCAGGCUCAUGCGGAGAUCUUGGACUCACAGGAUGACGAAGUAGAACAGUUGGCAGACUGGGACGAGGAAGACGAUGAAGAGGACGAUGUCGAUGGGAAUGAAAAUGACCACCGGGGUGACCAGGACGAGACCAAAGACGCCCAUGCAGCAGCAGGACAGCCCGAUACUCUCUGGUUCUUCGAAACCGCCUUCGACAAGGACUGGAUCAGCCAGAAAUGGCAGCGCCCUCGCACCGACGAGGCUCCAAUUCCCAUGGUCAACUCCAAACACAACGUCUUCUUCACCAGAAACCGGCAAGAGCUAGACGACGUCGUGACAUUCCUAGUCCUCCGCACUACCCGUCACUGGGACUAUACAUCGACCUCCGAGAUCGAAACCAAAGUCCGCAAUAUCUUCCACUGUUCGCUUCGCGUCCGGCUUCGCAUUCUACCGCACAACUUGGUCUUGUCACAGCCUGAAAGCUCUCCGGUCUGGGAUAACCAAAGCGUCGUCUUGAAUGAAACAGCCAGUUCCGCAGAGUCCAAGCCACACCCCGGUGCCUGUGUCGGCAUAUUCACGUAUCGCGCCCAGAACUGCGAAUCGGACAUUGAAAUCCUAACAAAGGACCCCCCUUACCGGGUACACUACGCCAACCAACCGGAUUAUGAUUGGAUCAAAGACGCAAUGAUCCCCGGUGCAAGCACGAUCGCGGAUCUCCCCGUACACUGGACGACUUGGUCUACCCACCGUCUCGACUGGCUUUCGAAUAUCUCUCGCUGGUGGGUGAACAACAAACCCCAGGAUGCCAAAACGUAUCGCGUGCCCGAUCAACCCAGCAGACUGGUGAUUAACCUCUGGAGCGACGGCGGCUCGUGGACGGGUGAUAUGCGACGCGGCGAGAGUGUCCUGAUGGCCAUUGAUUAUAUCGAGCUGGCAUACAACAUCUCUUCCGGUGACUCGCAGGGCUUCGAGAUCCCUCCUUCCGAACGACACGGUGGACAUCAAAUUCCUGCAGGAAAUACCUCUUCAUCCGACGUCGACAGCUGGCUAGAUGACUCUUGGGAACCAGGAGCGGAAAUUAUCGAUGGAUCCUCGAUGAAGAAAUGCAAAAAGGCUCGAAAGGGUCGGAAAUGCAGAAAGGGUCGCAAGGGUCGCAAGGGUCGCAAGAAGCAUGGCAAGAGACCCAAACGUCCUCAUCAUAGAGAGCCAUCUCCGUGGUGUGAGCAUGCUUGUAACAUUGAUGACCUGCGCUUUGCGAAUGGUGGGCUGCGUGGUUGA